AUAACUUAUUUUCGCUACACCAGAGUUUACACUUGUACCGCACUCGGAUCUCCCGUGCCCGUCUUCUGGUCUCAGCAUUGAGCCAGUGAAGCAGUCAGCAGGCUUGGCUUCAGUUCUGGUCUGCGGCUACUAGCUGGCGCUAGCGGGCGCACCGGCUGUUUCUGUUGCUGUGCUAUUCUACAAUAUAUGCAAGAGAUAUAUGCUGUAUGCAUUAAGAAAGCCCGAACCGAACCCCGAACUUCGCGGCCCGGCCGCACAUGCGGGGAAAAGGCAAAGGACAGCGCCGGCAACGGCAACGGAGGGCAGCAUUGCGUGAGCUAUCUUCACAUUUUCAAUUCACCUUGAACUGUCAUUCGUUUUGUAACCGGCGCAGAGAUCGUCCGUUUGAUUCGUAUUUCAAGUUUAUUUUCCACUCUGUAUCGUAUAGCUGUUAAAUAUUCCGUUGAUUGUUGAAAAAGAAAAUCACGUUUAUCAUGGGUGGAAAGUGGUCGAGUAUGGAUCCUAUGGAAAUUCCAGUGCCUGAUUUAGAUAAACUGUUGGACAGGGAUCCUUACUUGAAGCCCUAUGAAAAAGAAAUAAGAAAAAGAUAUGGACUAUUUAAAGACUAUGUAGAUAAGAUAGAGUCAGGAGAGAAGGAUCUGAACCAGUUUUCUAAAUCAUAUACAAAAUUUGGAAUACAUAUCAAUGAAGAUAAUUCUGUUAUUGCGAAAGAAUGGGCACCAGGAGCUGAACAAGUUUACUUGACAGGAGACUUCAAUAACUGGGAUAGGACAAAACACCCAUACAAAAAGUUGGAGUUUGGAAAAUGGGAGUUACAGUUACCGCAAAAUAAUGACGGGAGUUGUCCUAUCAAGCAUUUAUCUGAAGUUAAAAUCAUUAUUAGAGAUAAAAGUGGACAGCUAAUUGAGAGGCUUAGUCCUUGGGCCACAUAUGUCACUCAAUCUAAAAAUCUGGAUGAGGGCACAACUUUCAAACAAAGGAUCUGGUACCCUGGACCACAAAAUGUGUAUCAACCCAAGCAUCCAAAGCCAAAGAAACCAGAAAGUCUUCGCAUAUAUGAGAGUCAUGUGGGAAUUGCAACUCAAGAACACCGUGUAGGCACCUAUCUGGAAUUUGCUAAAAAUGUUAUACCUCGUAUAAAAAAACAGGGUUACAAUGCAAUCCAAUUAAUGGCAGUAAUGGAACACGCAUAUUAUGCUUCUUUUGGCUACCAGGUCACUUCGUUUUUUGCUGCAUCCUCUCGUUUUGGAACUCCAGACGAAUUGAAAGAAUUAAUAGAUAUUGCCCAUCAAAAUGGUCUAUAUGUUUUACUCGAUAUUGUUCAUUCCCACGCCUCGAAAAAUACGCUUGACGGAUUAAAUAUGUUUGAUGGAACUGAUGCCUGCUUUUUUCAUUCGGGAAGUAGAGGUCAGCAUCCACUUUGGGACAGUAGAUUAUUUAAUUAUGGAGACUAUGAAGUAUUGAGGUUUUUACUUUCGAAUUUGCGAUGGUACACUGAAGAAUAUGGUUUUGAUGGUUACAGGUUUGAUGGCGUUACUUCUAUGCUCUACCAUUCUAGAGGUCUUGGGCAAGGAUUUAGUGGAUCGUAUGAUGAAUAUUUUGGGUUGAAUGUAGAUGUUGAGGGCAUUGUUUAUCUCAUGCUGGCAAAUUAUUUAUUGCAUCAUUAUUAUCCUGAAGUUAUUACUAUAGCUGAAGAUGUCAGUGGAAUGCCCGGAAUUUGCAGGCCAGUUAGUGAAGGGGGUAUUGGUUUCGAUUUUCGAUUAGGAAUGGCUAUUCCAGAUAAAUGGAUUAAACUUUUAAAAGAAACCCCUGAUGAAAAUUGGAAUAUGGGCGAUAUUGUUUGGACAUUGACUAAUCGAAGGUGGAUGGAGAAAACAGUAGCCUAUGCAGAAUCGCAUGAUCAAGCUCUUGUUGGCGAUAAAACUAUCGCCUUUUGGCUGAUGGACAAAGAUAUGUACACCCAUAUGAGUGUUUUAAGCUCACCAAAUCCAGUUAUAAAUCGAGGAAUAGCAUUGCACAAUAUAAUAAUGCUCAUAACGCACGCCUUAGGGGGCGAAGCUUACCUUAACUUUAUAGGUAAUGAGUUUGGACAUCCAGAAUGGUUAGAUUUUCCACGUGUAGGUAAUAAUAAUAGUUAUACUUAUGCUAGAAGACAAUGGAAUCUAGCUGACGAUGAACUGCUUAAAUACAAAUAUAUGGGAAGUUGGGAUGCAGCUGUGAAUUCACUAGAGGAGAAGUAUGGAUGGUUACAUUCAAAUCCAGCUUAUGUUUCCUGGAAACACGAAGAUGAUAAAAUUAUUGCGUUUGAACGAGCUGGAUUAGUUUUUGUAUUUAAUUUUCAUCCGUCAAAGUCGUUUGCUGAUUACCCUGUGGGAGUAGACCGUGCUGGAACUUACAAAGUAAUUUUAAGCAGCGAUGAUACAGAGUAUGGUGGUGAGAAUCGGAUCGAUUCGAAAGUUUCACAUUUUACGAAACCAGAACCGUUUGCUAAUAGAGCAAACAGAAUGUUUGUAUACGCACCGUGUCGUACUGCCAUAAUUUAUGCAACUGAUUGUUAGAGAUUGAUACGAGAUUUUUGAAAAAAAGCCUACAAUUUACUAUUUUGAAAUAUUUAUAAAUUUUAUUGUCUGUUGUUUAAGAAUUUUUAUAUGUUAUUAAUAAAAAAAAAACAUAUAUAAAAAAAUGUUUUUAAUGCUCAAGUAAUUUAGAAACCUUACUGUAUAUAGUAUAAUAUUUUUCAUAAUAAUAAAUAAUCGUCUCUACGAA